AUGGCAGAGCGCGAACUCAACAUCCUCUCCCUUGAUGGCGGCGGCGUGCGCGGCAUGUCAACUCUCUUCAUCCUCAAGAGCAUCAUGGAGGCCAUCGACCGCGAGCAUCCGCCGAAACCGUGCGACUUUUUCGAUAUGAUUGGAGGCACUGGGUCCGGUGGGCUGCUUGCGAUCAUGCUCGGUCGACUGAAGAUGGAUAUUGAUCAGUGCAUUGUUGGCUACCCACGACUAUGCAGGCACAUUUUCGCUCGCAGGAAGCGCCUCUCCUUGACCGAGAUGAGCCACAUAUCGAUAAAGAGACGCAGGGCGAAGUACGAUGGCAAGAAACUGGCGGCCGCGCUGAAGGGUAUCCUCCGCGAACUGGGGCACGAGGAUCGCGAUAUCCUCCUGCAGGAUGUUGAUUUGAGUUGUCGCGUCUUCGUCUGCGUGUCCGACGCGUCAACCGGAAAAAUCGUCCCCCUCUCCUCCUACCCCAGCAAGUACUGCCCGAACGAGCUCUACAAGACCACAAAGAUCUGGGAAGCCGGCCUCGCGACCUUCUCCAACGCCGCCCUCUUCGAGCCCGUCACCCUGGGCCCCUCCUCGCAACGCCGCUUCACCGACGCCUCCGCCCAAGCAAACAACCCCGUCCGCGAAGUGUGGAUCGAAGCUAAGAACGUCUGGCGGCUUACAACCCUGGAGUCACAACUCCGGUGCCUUGUCUCUAUUGGCACGGGCGUGCGUACAAUCAAGCGACCGGCAGCUCGGAAGACAAGCGGGGUCAGUGCGGUGCUGGGGUUCGGGAAGACCGCUGAUGCUGGGAUUGCCGAUCCCGAGGUCGAAACGAACAAGUUCAUCCAGGAACAUAGCGAGCUCGAUGACGACGGCCGGAUGUUCCGGUUUGAUGUGCCGAAUGGGCUUGCGGAGAUUGAGCUCGAUGCGAUCGAGGAGAUUGACACGGUCGCCGAUGCGACGCACGAGUAUCUGUCCAAGGAGCUGGUAUAUAAGCAGGUUCGGCGCUGUGGGAGGGCGUUGGCGAGGCCGGAGAGCAGUGAGGUUUCCUUUCCCAAUCGGAGGUGA